CACCAUUGAGCAGGUCAGAGCUCUCAUCGGGCUGGUCGGCGGAGAACAUCUAAAUUGGUGGAGUGUACGGGGGAGAUCGGUAGAUCAGAUCAGAGUCAGAGUCAGAGCAACGCACGCACACGAGCUCUCAGAGGCCCCGUGGCAAUCUACAAACAGUCAUGAUCUCGCAGCUGAAUCUGAUCACCAUCGUUGGUGCGGUGGCACUGAGUGCUCUAGCAUCGGCAUCACCUACAAGCACCAGCACAGAGGCAACGGCCACACAGCUAUCCAUGGAGCUGUCUCCCCAAUGCAAUUAUACGCUGAUCAAAACCAAAACCCUUGGCGUGGAUCCAUCAUUCUGGAAGAAGUUCUUUACUCAUCUGAUACCCUUCGCGGGAAGUUCGCGGAGUAAAAUGCAAUUUAUACUCUUCAAGCGGGACUUUGCCGAUUGCGGAAGAGAAUUGUUAAUCGACAAUAAGGAGAAUCUGAAAAACUCAGGCUUCGAUGCACGUCAUCCCACAAGAAUCGUCAUACACGGCUGGAUGAGUCAGAGCAAGGGUUCCCACAUCAGGAAAGUGAAGAAUGCCUAUUUGAGUCUGACCCAACCGGGACUGAAUGGAGAACCACCAAGGUACGAGGACUUCAACGUGAUCGUCUGCGAUUGGAGUAAGAUCUCAACGAAUGUCAACUACUUUGGAGUGGCCAAUAUGGUAGAGGAUAUGGGCUUCCUGCUGGCCGAUCUAGUGCGCUAUCUGCACUUGAAUGCCGAUCUUCACUACGAUGACGUCUAUGUGAUUGGACACUCGCUCGGGGCACAGAUCGCCGGAAGUGCGGGCAAGCAGAUACAGCCGUUCCGGUUCAACACGAUCUACGCGUUGGAUCCGGCGGGACCGAAGUUCCGCGAUCAAACGGAUGAGUACCGCAUCGAUGCUAGUGACGCCACCUACGUGGAGUCCAUUCAAACAAGCGUCAGCCUGGGCUUCGAGCAGCCAGUGGGGCAUGCCACCUUCUAUCCGAACUACGGCAAGAACCAAAAGAAGUGCUAUGUCUAUGGCUGUUCCCAUAAGCGGGCCCACGACUACUUUAUGGAGUCGCUGAUCAGUCCCGCUGGAUUCUGGGGUCCUCGUGCCGAACGUCAGGCAAAUGGGACGUGGAUCCUCUUCCUCAGCGACGGGGAGUUCCGUAUGGGCGGGGAGCCAUCGGUACCGAAGAAUGGCACUUUCUACGUAAAGACUUAUGCCAAGCCACCCUAUGCCAUGGGCCACCGAUGGCAGACGGAGCCAGAUCCCGAAGAAGAUGAUGAAAACUCAACAGAUGAAUAGCACGACAGAGGAGGCAAUACACUUGUAGGAACUGUGAAUAAAAUAUGGCUAUAAUUUAUAAAGGAA